AACUCAAAGCAAAAUAAGGGAAAAAAAAAAAAUAUAAUAAUAAUAAUAAUAACGAUGACAAUUACCUUUUUAUGUUUAGACAUUUUGUUAAUUCAUAUUGAACGAAUGGCGGCUACUAACUGGACAAUUUUUGAAAGAACGACGCCGUUUAAGUAGGAUGCCCCCGGCCGCCCCCGUUCCCCAAAAACUACUCCGCUUCCUUCUCUUUCUCAGAAACCAGACUCUUCUGUCUCCUCUGAGUGCGCGGUGGUAGCAGGACUAGGGAGUGAGAAAGAGCGAAAUGGGUACUUCAGUGCAGAUAACACCGCUGUGCGGUGUGUAUAACGAGAACCCAUUAUCGUAUUUGGUCUCAAUAGACGGUUUCAACUUCUUAAUCGACUGUGGCUGGAAUGACCACUUCGAUCCCUCUCUCCUUCAACCCAUCUCCAGGGUAGCUUCGACGAUUGAUGCAGUAUUGCUAUCACACCCAGAUACACUUCAUCUUGGUGCUCUGCCAUAUGCAAUGAAGCAAUUUGCGCUCUCCGCUCCUGUCUUUUCCACAGAGCCCGUUUACAGAUUAGGGCUUCUCACUAUGUACGAUCAAUAUCUCUCACGGAAGCAAGUUUCAGAGUUUGAUCUGUUUACUUUGGAUGAUAUUGAUUCUGCUUUCCAAAAUGUGACCAGGCUGACCUAUUCUCAAAAUCAUCACCUAUCUGGUAAAGGGGAGGGAAUAGUAAUUUCUCCACAUGUGGCUGGGCAUCUUUUGGGAGGUACUGUGUGGAAGAUAACUAAGGAUGGGGAGGAUGUUAUAUAUGCAGUUGACUUCAACCAUCGCAAAGAAAAGCAUUUGAAUGGAAUUAAUCAAUCCUCUUUUGUGCGGCCUGCUGUUCUUAUAACAGAUGCCUAUAAUGCUUUAAACAAUCAGCCUUAUAGACGCCAAAAGGACAAAGAAUUCACAGAUACAAUAAAGAAAACUCUACGAGCAGAUGGAAAGGUGUUACUACCUGUUGAUACUGCUGGACGAGUAUUGGAACUUAUUCAAAUUUUGGAAUCGUGCUGGGUGGAGGAGAAUCUGAACUAUCCCAUCUUCUUUCUAACAUAUGUUGCAUCUAGCACCAUUGAUUAUGUCAAAAGUUUCCUUGAGUGGAUGAGUGAUUCUAUAGCAAAGUCUUUUGAAAAGACACGUGAUAAUGCAUUUCUUCUGAAGCAUGUCACACUUUUAGUUAACAAGAGCGAACUUGACAAUGCUCCAGAGGGUCCGAAGGUUGUUUUAGCAUCCAUGGCUAGUUUGGAAGCAGGUUUUUCCCAUGAUAUAUUUGUUGAAUGGGCAACUGAUGCCAAGAAUCUUGUGCUGUUUACCGAAAGAGGCCAGUUUGGCACAUUAGCUCGCAUGCUUCAGGCAGAUCCACCUCCAAAAGCUGUUAAGGUCACCAUGUCCAAGAGGGUUCCUUUGGUUGGAGAAGAGCUUAUUGCCUAUGAAGAAGAGCAAAACCGUAUAAAAAAGGAAGAAGCUCUUAAAGCUAGUAUUAUCAAAGAGGAGGAAUCAAAAGCAUCUCACGGUGCUGAUGAUAACACAAGUGAUCCGAUGGUUAUUGAUGCCAGCAGUACUCACCCUCUGCCAGAUGUGGCAGGACCACAUGGUGUUGGAUACCGGGAUAUACUAAUUGAUGGAUUUGUCCCUUCUUCCACCAGUGUUGCUCCAAUGUUUCCCUUUUAUGAAAAUACUUCUGAGUGGGAUGAUUUUGGUGAAGUAAUAAAUCCUGAUGAUUAUGUAAUCAAAGAUGAAGAUAUGGACCAAGCAGCAAUGCAUGUGGGUGGUGAUUUGGAUGGAAAGCUUGAUGAAGGUUCUGCUAGUUUAAUGCUUGACACAAAGCCUUCAAAAGUUGUAUCUAAUGAAUUGACUGUACAAGUCAAGUCUUCAUUGCUUUACAUGGAUUUUGAGGGCCGUUCUGAUGCACGGUCCAUCAAAUCAAUUCUUUCCCACAUGGCUCCUCUGAAGCUUGUUUUGGUUCAUGGAACAGCAGAAGCCACAGAACAUUUGAAGCAGCACUGCUUGAAACAUGUUUGUCCGCAUGUUUAUGCUCCCCAAAUUGAAGAAACAAUUGAUGUCACUUCUGAUUUGUGUGCUUAUAAGGUACAACUGUCUGAGAAGCUAAUGAGUAAUGUGCUCUUUAAGAAGCUUGGAGAUUAUGAAAUAGCUUGGGUUGAUGCUGAGGUUGGAAAGACAGAAAAUGACUCGUUGUCUUUACAACCCAUCUCAACAGCACCACCACCACAUAAAUCUGUACUCGUUGGUGAUUUAAAAAUGGCGAACUUCAAGCAAUUUCUUGCUGAUAAUGGCGUUCAGGUUGAAUUUUCUGGUGGGGCUCUGCGAUGCGGUGAAUACGUGACACUUCGCAAGGUUGGAGAUGCAAGCCACAAGGGUGGUGGUUCUGGUACUCAGCAAAUUGUCAUUGAAGGCCCUUUAUGCGAGGAGUAUUACAAGAUUCGAGAGUAUCUGUAUUCACAGUUUUAUUUGCUUUAAAUUUUAGAUUUCAAUGCCUGUAAUAUUCCCAUUUAGUAUGAGCCUUUAGUUCAAACUCGACUCUGAAUGAGAAGCAUAUCCUAAUUUAGUAACCGGAUGGGAAUCAGAAAUCACUUUACUUGUCAAGUGCUUAUGCUGUUUAUCCAUGUGUAGUGCUCAUGCCUUGGUUUUCUA